UGGAGUCAGAAUGGAUUCAGUACUUCCUGCUUUGACGAGGAAGACCAAGAAAUUUCGGCUUGUAACCAAAAAGUUGUUUGCCUGCCAAACUACAACAUCUCGAAGAGACCGAAGUGAACACAGACACAAAAUGUCCUUGAUGGAGCAUGGAGCAGUCCGGCCGAUCACAGCUGUGGCGUGGACCUCCAACUCCAGCACCUGCCCCAAAGACUUCACCAUGAUCAGCAUCACAGAGGACGGAGCAGCGGCGAACUUUACACGCAGCUUUGGAAUGAAGUCCGGAUAUUACCUCUGUUACAGCAAGGACUUGACAGGUGGUAUGGUAGUGUCAGACAUUCAGCUUAUUUCAGACAAGGACCCUAUUCCUCAUGGUCUCUGCUAUAUAGCAGAGCAUCUUGAACCAAAGGCCUCCGUUUCAAAGAAGAAACGGGUGUGUGUACGUGUCGUCCCAGUCGGCAGUGUGGACACAGCUGUGUUGGAUAUCAAACUGACAGCCAAAAGCAAAAUGAUGUUGCAGCACUACACAUAUGUGGGAGACAUCAGUGGCUACGUGUUGUGGUGCAGAAAGGGAUAUUUUUCCAGCCCCGUACCACAAGCCAAACCCCGCAGUGUGAGCUUGGAUCUCCGAAGACUCUCACUAGAGCAACCGACGCCCCUCAGACCCAGCAACCCGCCUCCUCCACUGCCACACAAACUGAGUCAGAGACGCUACAGCCUCAGUAAUAAGGACAACUUGGACAAACCUGCCGACAGCAGUAUCCAGGGGAUUACAGCUCUAGACGGAGUUCCCUUUAGUCUGCACCCAAAAUUUGACGUCCAGGCAAAUGGGACGGCUCCUCAGCUGAACUCUCAAUUAAACAACAUUCGUAUAAAGUCUCUCCAAGACAUUGAAAAUGAGUAUAAGUACACUUUUGCUGUGGAGGAAUCUGCUGCCAAGAGGACCAGACCAUCACUGCCCACAGGAGGCACCUCAUCAGCCCAGUGAUCUUCGUGCUUAAGACAAAGCAACAAUCUCAGAUUUUUGUGUUUUGCUGUGUCCAACAAGGUUUUUGAGGAUGGCAUCUCAGAUCAUGGUACUGAUGAAGGAUAUUUAGGGUUAUAAUAUGAAGUUUCAGGCGUAAAGAAUUUAUCAUAAUGAAGUUAAGUGAAAGGCCAUCUAAGGGCACUACUACUCUACAUGAAACGGACAAUCUUUUAGACGGUUUGGGUGUUUGGAUGUCAACCCAUGCUUUUCUCUCAAAGUUCCUUUUCAUUUGUCUGUCCCAGAAUUACCGUCAUCAGACAUUCCAAGUUGCUGCUUUCCAAAGGAAAGGCCUGUUUGAAUGAGAUCAUACAUGUAUUUAUAUUGUCAUGUCUUUUAGACUGUUCACUUGUUGUAGGAGUGCAGCCUUUAAAGAUGCUUUACAGGGUUAAAGAUGUAAUGGAUCUAUGAACCUCUAGAGUAUCUACCGUUUGGGGCAACUCGUCUGCAGCAUUAAGCCCAUCAAACUUAAUUUCAAGUAAUUGUAUGCUAUGUAUAGUUUUUAACAAUUUCUCAAGUUGGGCCGUAAUGUUCAGUUAGUGGUUUCUUUGCAGGUAAACUUUGCUGCAGACGAUGUUUAGCUGUACUCAGUAGAUACACUAACAUAUCUAUGUGUAGGAUAUAGUGCAUUUCUUGUAUGAAAAGUGGCCUGCUAUCACUUUUGUAUCAUUCCAAAAAAUAAUAUAUCCUAUUUUAAGGUGAAAGGAGGAAGGUUAAAUAUUUUUGCUCUUUGUGUUAAUCAUACUAAAACAAGAUGUGUGGGGAAAAGUUUUUUUUAACUGUUUGGAGGUGUAAGGGCCAAAUAUUUAUCUAUUUCAUUGUACAAUAUUAUUUUUUGUUGUUUUUAUGGCUGUGUAGCAAACUCCUAACUUUAUUGCAUGGAAAAAAAUAAAAACCCUACAAAAACUA